CCAUCAUAAACUAAUAACCCGUGUCUCACGGCCCAUUCUUUCAUAAGUCAAAACCUAAAAAUUCAGAGCAUCUGGAAAGAGACAACAAGGAGGAAAGUAAGAUUGGAAAGAGAAAAGUCUCUGCAAAUGGGAUUGUUGACUCUGUUUCCCUCAACCUCCUUAUGUAAUCGUAAUCCAUGGCGUAUUCAUCCAACACCUAUCAAAACAAACCCACCAACAACCCCUCCAUUUAUUAACAUUUUGACUUUUUGCUCACCUCAUUUUCCCCUUUUUAUUAACACAUUUCAAUUUCAACAAGCUUUUGUAAAACCCAAUUCGGAAGAUUCGUGUCAGAGAAAAUUCAAGAUUUUGUCAUUCAAAUCAUGGGAAAUUGUUGCAUCACCUCAAAUAAGAACAAAAACGUGAAGAAAAAGAAAAACAACAAACCAAACGCGUUCUCAGAAUCUUAUAGCAUUAAACCACAAGCCGAAAACGGGAUCAAAUUUCAAGUCUUAAAAGACGCAACAGGGCAUAACAUUUCACAAAAUUACAAUCUCGGACGUGAGUUAGGAAGGGGCGAAUUCGGAACAACAUAUUUGUGUACGGAUGUAGAAACGGGUGAAAAAUUCGCGUGCAAAUCGAUAUCAAAAAAGAAGCUUAAAACAUCGAUAGAUAUUGAGGAUGUGAAAAGGGAAGUUGAGAUAAUGAAGAAAUUGCCAAAACAUUCGAAUAUUGUGACAUUAAAAGACACUUAUGAGGAUGAUAAUGCAGUGCAUAUAGUGAUGGAGUUGUGUGAAGGUGGAGAGUUGUUUGAUAGGAUUGUGGCAAGAGGACAUUAUACUGAAAGAGCUGCAGCUGCUAUUAUGAGGACAAUUGUGGAAGUUGUUCAGAUAUGUCACAUGCAUGGAGUGAUGCAUCGAGAUCUUAAACCCGAGAAUUUUCUUUUUGCAAAUAAGAAAGAAACUGCUGCUCUAAAAACCAUUGAUUUUGGGCUAUCGAUCUUCUUUAAACCAGGUGAGGUUUUUAAAGAGAUAGUUGGGAGUCCAUGGUAUAUGGCUCCAGAAGUUCUAAAACGAAAUUAUGGCCCUGAAGUUGAUGUAUGGAGUGCAGGGGUAAUUUUGUACAUUUUGCUUUGUGGGGUCCCACCUUUUUGGGCAGAAACUGAACAAGGAGUAGCUGAAGCAAUUAUUAAAUCAGUAAUCGAUUUCAAGAGAGAUCCAUGGCCUAAAGUUUCUGAAAAUGCCAAAGAUCUUGUCAAGAAAAUGCUUAAUCCUGAUCCAAAGCUUCGCCUUACAGCUCAACAAGUUCUUGAACACCCAUGGUUAUUCAAUGCAAAAUCGGCUCCAAAUGUCUCAUUGGGAGAGGUUGUGAGGUCAAGGCUUAAACAGUUUUCGGUGAUGAACAAGCUCAAGAAACGUGCUUUGAGAGUGAUAGCCGAACAUUUAUCGGUUGUUGAAGUGGCUGACAUAAAGGAGACAUUUGAUAUGAUGGAUAUUGGAAAGAAAGGGAAGAUAAAUCUUGAAGAACUUAGAAAUGGUUUAUUCAAACUUGGUCAACUAAUGAAUGAUGAAGAUCUUCAAAUAUUAAUGGAAUCCGUUGAUGUUGAUGGAGAUGGAGCCCUAAAUUAUGGAGAGUUUGUAGCUGUGAAUGUUCAUCUAAAAAGAAUGGCAAAUGAUGAACACUUACACAAAGCUUUUUCUUUCUUUGAUAAAAAUCAAAAUGGUUAUAUAGAGUUUGAAGAAUUGCGUCAUGCAUUGAGUGAUGAUGAAAAUGUUCAAGAUACUGAAGGAGUAAUCAAUGCGAUAAUGCAUGAUGUUGACACAGAUAAGGAUGGACGCAUCAGUUAUGAUGAGUUUGCUGCUAUGAUGAAAGCUGGCACAGAUUGGAGAAAAGCCUCAAGGCAAUAUUCAAGAGAACGUUUUAAUAAUCUUAGUUUGAAAUUGGUAAAAGAUGGCUCAUUACAAUUAGCCAAUGAGUGAGAAGAUGAAUAAAUAAAAUGGUAACAUUUAUCUAACAAAAAAGAAGCUAAUUUUACACGAAUGCAAAACUUCAAUAGAGAUUUUGCAUUUGAACAACUCGAGGAAAUACAAAUCCGCAUACAAAGACCUUUUGUGAUUUACCAAAAGCGUGGAGAUUUGGUGAAUUGAAGUAUAUGUUAAGAGUAUCUACCAUGACGAUAACUUCAUUGAUGUGUAUAGGAGAUCUUGAUUGAUUUGAGAUUAUAGUUGAUAUGUAUUUUUUAUAUCUGCACAUGCUUGGUUCACCUUUUCUUUUGCUGAUGUAUACAAAUGUGGUCCACAGACUGCAGAUCAUUUACUUAUUAAAAUACAAACAAUACAUUAGUGUUCUUAA